AGUGCAGACCGACAAACUCGACCAAGUGAUAAAUUUAUUUUUCCGUCAGGUGAAAAGCUACUUAAAACGUCAACUGUUUGGGUGAGUCUUCAGUUUGCAUGUAUAUUUCAAUUAUAUAACACCUUCACCGUUCCCAAACUAGAUCACCUGUAAUUCUUACCUGCGGCGGGUCACUAACCUAAGGGUCCACCUUUUACAUCGGUCACUCUUCAGUUCUUGGUUGGCCCUGAUCUCCGGAACUCGGACGUCGUGAAGUUGGGACAAUGGUUUAUAUGGAAUGUCUGCCUUUUCUGUCGUUUUAGGAUGUAAUUGCUUUAGAGAGGAGAAAAUGAAGGAAACAAUAGGAGAGGGAACCAAAAUGUCGAUGUUGCAGACGAACGGGAUAGGGGGAACAAGGAGCACUAUGAAGCGGCACAGUCUUGCGGACAUCGCCGAGGCUUGGAAAGGUUUGUCGUUGACCAGUGGAAGAAGAGGUUCUAUGACGUCAUGCCGAAUGUCGGUCGGUAACGCUUUGGACUGCGCAGCGCGCCAUGAAUUCUUGGAAAGCAUUCAGAUAGCAAUUAUACAGUUGUUUCAAAAGAAACCUCUACAGGAAUGUGAACUGGUACAGAUACAGGACAAUGUCAGGAAUUUGGUGGACUCUGAAGCAGGUCCUCUCAUCUACGACUUCUUCAAGGAUAAAUUAUUGAAGAAAGGAAUGGUGAUACUACGUGAAUUCAUGAAGAAUGAUUUAGGUUUGGUACUUCUCAAGAAAAUGAGUGACCAGUGGAACUAUUUUUAUACACAAGUCCUUCCUAUACUACAGGCGAUGUUGUAUCCUCUGCCAAACAAAGACGUGUCGAUACGAAAAGUCUCUAUGUUGGAAUUUAGAGAUGUGGUAGUUUUGAAAGUAGGAAUGGAAGAUACCUUGAAUUCUGUAGCAAGAGAAGAUGUUCCCUCACAAAUUAUACAGAUGCUUUUGGUUCUGCAGGGUAUACACGAUGGAUUCCCACCAAGUGAAAACUACGCGCGAUUGGAGCGGCUGGCUGCAAAAGUUAUUAAUCCGUACUUGGGAUUUUUCGGUUUCUAUGAAGGAUCAUCCAAACCUACGAUAGAAUCGUCUCUUAAACCAACAACAAAAAUCAAACAUACAGAGAAAACCGAGGCUUACGAACUCGACAUCAAGACAAACCGUCCCAAAAUCACAAAUCCUCUAUCCAUAAAAUCCUUGCAUCAUCGUCAUGGAAAUGGACAUAUAUUUAGCCACAUACUCGAACCGGUGGUAGAACAAGACACGAUACGGCGCCAUAGUAUAGAUACAUCUCCCCGACUCUCGAGUCUUCGGUCCUGACACAGACAUAAUGUACCUAUACCAGCCUGUCUCCACAAAUUUACAGUGUUCACUCGUCAUUACAUGACCCACAGUUUGGAAGUUUUUCUAUUUGUGUUGUAAACCAUAUGUGCACUUGUUAAAACGAUUGCUACACUGCCAACCAUACAUUCCAAUAUAAACUGAAAGCCAUUAGACUACAUGAAGCUAUGGUGGAUAUUCGACACAAAAGAAAUAACGCAGUGAUUAGUAUGUGCUCUUUAUUUGAUAAGGGAAUUAGAGAAGAAAGGACUUGUUUGUAAGGAGUGAGAGUGAUAGUUCGUCAUCCCCUCUUUCAUUUAAUGGAUAAAAUGCUGAGAGUUUGUUGAUGUGUUUCAAGGAACAUUCAUAUCGAUGCUGCAGUGUUUCAAGAACACCAUUAACCUAUGUCUUUCACAUAAACUUCAUUUGUUUUCAAUUUUCAUUCAUUUUCAUAUAUUGAUUCAAAUGGGUUUUUUUUCUAUGAUUUCCAAAUAUAUGUU